AUGUUGCCCCUCGGCUUGCUCAACGCGGCCCAAGGCCAGCCCAUGCUGGUCGAGCUGAAGAAUGGAGAGACGCUCAACGGACACCUCGUCAUGUGCGACAACUGGAUGAACCUCACCCUCAAGGAGGUGGUGCAAACGAGCCCUGAAGGCGAUAAGUUCAUGAAGCUAAAAGAGGCCUACAUCAAGGGCAACAACAUCAAAUACCUGCGCGUCCCCGAAGAAAUCAUCGACCAAGUCAGCGAGUCGCAAAAGAACCAGCAAGGAGGCUUCCGAGGCAGCAGGGGCGGACAGUCGAGGGGCGAACACGGCGGCCGUGGCGGCGGCGACAGGGGAAGGGGUCGCGGCGGAGGACGCGGUCGCGGAAGGGGUCGCGGCCAAUGA